UAUUUGUCAACUCCGGUCUUUUUAUUCUCUUUUGAUUUUCUAAAGAACCAAACACUUAAAAGAAUCCAAAAUUGCCUUAAAAAGAUUUGGUGGAAGAGUCUAAUUUUAUUUUCCCUGUUGCCUGAGAUUCUCUUUCAACAUUGACAACGUUCAUCCUUGAAGUAUUAGAAAAGCUAGGGAUCUCUUUAUUAAACUGUUGUAUUUUUUCCCCUGAAGAUAAGAAGAUAAGAAAAUGGAGAGUUACUUGAACGAAAAUUUUGGAGACGUGAAGCCGAAGAAUUCGUCUGAAGAAGCUUUGGAAAGAUGGAGGAAACUUUGUUCGAUCGUCAAGAAUCGUAAGCGAAGGUUUCGUUUUACGGCUAAUCUCUCCAAACGUUUUGAAGCUGAAGCUAUUCGUCGCUCCAAUCAGGAAAAAUUUAGGGUUGCAGUUUUGGUUUCACAAGCCGCUCUUCAAUUUAUACAUGGUUUAAACUUGUCUAUUGAAUAUGAAGUGCCUGAAGAAGUUAAAGCAGCUGGUUUUCAGAUUUGUGCUGACGAGUUGGGAUCUAUUGUCGAAGGCCAUGAUGUGAAGAAGUUGAAAAUUCAUGGUGGGGUUGAGGAUAUAGCAGCCAAACUCUCUACUUCAAUUGUUGAUGGUAUUCCUACUUCUGAGAAUUUGAUAAAUGAAAGAAAACACAUUUAUGGAAUUAAUAAGUUUACCGAAACCCCUCAACGAGGAUUCUGGGUUUUCGUGUGGGAAGCCCUUCAAGAUACAACCCUUAUGAUACUAGCUGUUUGUGCCCUUGUCUCUCUUGCUGUUGGGAUUACAGUGGAAGGAUGGCCGAAGGGUGCCUAUGAUGGUCUUGGAAUUGUUUUGAGCAUUCUGCUUGUUGUGUUUGUCACUGCCACAAGUGAUUACAGACAAUCUCUACAGUUCAGAGAUUUGGACAAGGAGAAGAAGAAAAUAACGGUUCAGGUUACUAGAGAUGGGCUGAGGCAGAAAAUAUCAAUAUUUGAUCUAGUUCCUGGUGAUAUUGUUCAUCUUGCAAUUGGAGAUCAGGUCCCAGCUGAUGGACUCUUUAUUUCGGGGUUUUCAGUUUUGAUAAAUGAAUCCAGUUUAACCGGUGAGAGUGAACCAGUUAAUGUGAAUGCAAUAAACCCUUUUCUCCUCUCUGGAACCAAGGUGCAGGAUGGAUCGUGUAAGAUGCUUGUGACUACUGUUGGGAUGAGAACUCAAUGGGGGAAACUAAUGGCCACUCUUAGUGAAGGUGGAGAUGAUGAAACCCCAUUGCAGGUCAAACUGAAUGGAGUUGCCACAAUUAUUGGGAUAGGUCUGUAUUUUGCUGUUGUGACAUUUGCUGUUCUGGUACAAGGAUUAUUUAGCCGCAAGCUAAAAGAUGGCACACAUUGGACUUGGUCUGGAGAUGAUGUAAUGGAAAUGUUGGUUUUUGCUAUUGCUGUUACAAUUGUUGUCGUUGCUGUUCCUGAGGGACUGCCUUUGGCUGUUACAUUAAGCCUUGCUUUUGCCAUGAAGAAGAUGAUGAAUGACAAGGCCCUCGUCCGACAUCUGGCUGCUUGUGAGACAAUGGGAUCCUCUACAAGUAUUUGCAGUGAUAAAACUGGUACAUUGACUAGUAACCACAUGACUGUUAUGAAAACAUGCAUUUGUGAGGAAAUCAAGAAAGUGAGCAGCUCCAACGAGAGUAAUCAUUUUGGAUCUUUAGUUCCUGAAUCUGCUGUGAAAAUUUUACUUGAGUCGAUAUUUAAUAACACUGGAGGAGAAGUUGUUAAUAACAAAGACAAGAAAAAUGAGAUACUCGGAACACCAACAGAAACUGCCCUUUUAGAAUUUGGGUUAUUGCUUGGUGGGGAUUUCCAAGCAGAACGAAGAGCAUCUAAAAUUGUGAAAGUUGAGCCUUUCAACUCUGCAAAGAAGAGAAUGGCUGUAGUUAUAGAGCUUCCUGAAGGAGGCUUCCGAGCCCACUGCAAGGGUGCUUCUGAAAUAAUCUUAGCUGCAUGUGACAAAGUAAUAAGCUCAAAUGGGGAUGUUGUUCCCCUGACUGAACCAACCACCAAUCAUCUAAAGAAUACAAUUGAACAAUUUGCUAGUGAAGCUCUUAGAACUUUAUGUGUUGCUUACAUGGAUAUGGGAACUGAUUUUUCUAUUGACAGCCCCCUUCCCCUUCAAGGAUACACUUGUAUAGGCAUUGUUGGCAUCAAAGAUCCUGUACGCCCUGGUGUUAAGGAGUCUGUUGCAAUAUGUAAGUCAGCUGGUAUUACUGUUCGAAUGGUCACUGGAGACAACAUUCACACUGCUAAGGCUAUUGCAAGGGAAAUUGGAAUUUUAACCGACAGUGGUAUUGCAAUUGAAGGUCCAGAUUUUCGGGAGAAAUCUGAAGAGGAAUUGCAUGAACUUAUUCCAAAAAUACAGGUAAUGGCUCGAUCUUCACCUAUGGAUAAACAUACUCUUGUCAAACACCUUCGGACUACAUUUGGAGAAGUAGUUGCUGUCACCGGAGAUGGUACAAAUGAUGCUCCUGCACUUCAUGAAGCUGAUAUUGGGCUUGCGAUGGGCAUUGCUGGGACUGAGGUGGCCAAAGAAAGUGCAGAUGUCAUAAUCCUGGACGAUAACUUUUCCACAAUUGUAACAGUGGCUAAAUGGGGACGUUCAGUUUAUAUAAAUAUCCAAAAAUUCGUUCAGUUUCAGCUGACUGUCAACGUGGUUGCCCUAAUUGUAAACUUUUCUUCUGCUUGUUUGACUGGAAAUGCUCCACUCACAGCUGUUCAACUUCUAUGGGUCAACAUGAUCAUGGAUACUUUAGGGGCACUUGCAUUAGCUACCGAGCCUCCUAAUGAUGACUUGAUGAAGAGAUCUCCAGUUGGUAGGAAGGGAAACUUCAUCAGUAAUGUAAUGUGGAGGAAUAUUUUAGGGCAGUCUGUAUAUCAAUUUAUGAUCAUAUGGAUUCUUCAGACUAGAGGAAAGACCUUUUUUCAUCUUGAUGGCUCGGACGCCGAUUUGAUAUUGAACACCCUUAUUUUCAACUCAUUUGUCUUCUGCCAGGUUUUCAACGAAAUUAGCUCUAGAGAGAUGGAAAAGAUCAACGUUCUCGAAGGUAUACUAAACAACCAUGUGUUUGUGGCUGUGCUAAGUUGCACUGUCAUAUUCCAAAUCGUAAUUGUGGAGUUCCUGGGUACCUUUGCAAGCACUUGUCCUCUCACUUUGCAACAGUGGUUCGUCAGCAUCUGCCUAGGUUUCUUAACAAUGCCGAUUGCUGCUGCUUUGAAGCUGAUUCCUGUAGGAUCAAUCUGAGAUUACAGCAAUAUCGAAGAGGUGAUCUUUGAUGUUUGUCUGAGUUUUUUACCCUGAAUUUUUGUCUUUCGUUUUGUUUAAUCACUUCAUUAUACAGGAGUAGAUUAGUGUCAUUGGAUAUGAUAGACGAUUGGUUACACAGUUGAGUUG